UUAUCUUGUGUAAACUGUAAGCUAUUACCGUUCGUAGUCUCUAACCCGAUAACAAACAACAUAUUCAAAUAUUCUUAUGGUUUCCUAUCUGUUUUUACGUUGGAUAAAAUCUACCUAAACGUGUGAAGAGUUUCUAUUUGGACGCAGAAUUCAAUUCUCAUUCCGCCUUCACGGCCAUUUGUCAUCAGCAAAUUGCACAUGAUGUUCAGUGCGUUAAAAGUGGACUGACACUAUCAGUAUUGUGCUAUCGUGCUCGGAAUCAAUGUAUUUCGUGGAACCAUGUGUUCAUAAUAGAAAAAUUUCCCUCCAUAUUUAAAGCCAAGACGAUGAUUUGAAAAUUUUCCAGAUGCAUUUUUCAACUCUUCCCCGUAUAAAUGGAAACGAGGCUGCGAUGACCGCCGUUCAGACUCCCAGAAUGUCUCAGAUGCAUGGCCCGGACCUUCACCAGACGGUCAUCAAGAGACCUUUUGAACCAUUAACUAAAGCGGCCGUAGAAACGUUCGAUAAAUGCAUCUAUAACAAAAUGGAUGACGAUGAUUUUAGUGACCAUGACUCCCAUUAUUCGGAAGAUUUGAUGGAUGAUAGCUUUGACAUCCCAUUGUCGCAAGGACCGGAUAUGACGCAACAACUAUUGAAUUUUGCAGAUAUGGUGAAUUCCGAUAUUCAAAAAUUCUUUGGUAAAAAGAAAGACGAGGACUCUUGUGAUAUAUAUGAGGACAAAUGGGUCACAACAAAAUCAGGGAGAGAACUGUAUUACGCAGAUCUACUCCGCAUUGCUCAGGGUGAAAAUGUAGAUACCAAAAACACAAAAGAGUUAUUAACUCUUAACAAUGCUUCACAAGAGAAAAAAGAUAAUAAACAUAAAUUUAGUGGGAAAUUGGACACAAAAGUGGGACUGGGGCCUCUUGAAGACUUGUUUAGAUAUGGAUUAAAAGAUUUUAUAUCAGAUAAGAAAAAAUCAAAGAAGCUUAGACGUAUGCAAGCAGAUGUUAAAAAGUAUAGUGAUUUAACGCCAAUGAAUCGACGUAAGCUUCCUCAGUCCUUCUGGCAGGAACCUGGAGGAACUAUUCGAACACACGGCAAAGUAAACGGAAACGGUGCUCCUAUAAUUAACUCCUCCCAGCCCCCUGAUUUUAGUGAUCUGUUACAUAGUUGGACAAGGUGUGAGGAGGAAGAUUACAGCGGGGGUGAUAUGUCUUCUAGUGAAAUAAGCGUGGCCUCAACGGAGUCCACAACUAUGGAACAGUUAUAGCCACGUGAUUCACAAUCACAUGUGAAAAAUCUAGUCACAUUCCAGUUCACUUGCCGGAAACAGGGUAAAGAUGUGUGCAAUCACUCAGAAACAUCUGUCAAAGGUUCAUUGUC